GUGAUGUCAUCAUCUGCUUUCUUCUGUUGCGGAAAGCGUUCGAUCUUUGCUAUUGGAUUGGGACAUGAUGAUGCACUGAACUCCAAGCAUUCUGAAAGUCGAAGAAUGGCUUCUCUUGGAGCUCGUGGUUUCCAUGCUCUUGCUCCUGCAUCCCAAUGCUGUUGUGAUGUGAGAAGACUAUCCAAAAAGAUUUUUCUUGGCCACCUCCUUCGCUGCCAGCAGAGUGCCAUAAAAAGUGAAUCAACCAUUCUGAGUCAGAGUACUGUACCGUACCGGUAGCACCAAAGAAGACAGCCAUCAAGAGCUGAAGCAAUGAUGUCCUAUCAAAGAACAAGUCCUCCUCAUACCCCCUUAACAAGGCUAUUCCUAUUGGGGUUGUUUCUCAGUGCUGCCACUAUUGUUAUUGAUCAACCGGUCACUCCAGUAGCAUCGGCAUUGCAGGUUCAUCAUCAUCCACUGACUGCCCCACGAACAACGGCGACGACGAGAGCACGAAACCGUCUCUAUUCCAGGAGAAGUGGGUCUCUUCUUUUGGCUUCUGCCAAUGACAAUGGCGACACUACGAAUGAGCAUCCCAGCCAUGAUGACUCUUCUUUGAGUAGUAGUACCGGUCGCCGCGGAUUCUUGGCCACCACAUCGGCCGCACUACUAACGGGUCUCUCGGUCAAUGUCCAACCGGCCCAUGCCGGUCUAAUGCAAUUCCCCUGUAUUCGACCACUCAAGAAUCGCUAUCAUUUCAUGCGGGCCGGUCCCAGUGAAUUGGAAGUCAAUGGCGUCUACAGUACCAAUUCGCUCUUUAUUACCAAUCGCGACAAUGCCUUGGCAGAUACGCCCGCCGCACGACGCAUUGUAUUGGACGCGUGUGAAGUCAUCAAGGCAUCUCCCAAUUUCCCCACGGUCGCCUACCAUAGUUUGGCCGCCAAUGGUAUGGACACGGCCGAUAUGAUGGCCACGGAACUCCGUAUUAGUCGCGAUCGAUUGUUGCCCGAAUUUACGUAUUUGGAUCAACGGGGCAUUGGACUCUGGGACAGUGGGGCCAUGGAUACCGUCAAACCGGCCAUUGUCGCAUUGGACUAUAUGGAAGCGGGAAAGGAAGGACAAGGAGGACGACCACCCGCGAACGAGGAUGGGACCGCCAAUGAAGCACUGGGAGAUCAGUUUGUCCGAUUGCGACAAUUUCUGUCGUUGCAAGAAUCGAGAACCAGUGGCGAAAAUAUUCUCAUUAUAUUUCCCGAUGGCACUGGACCGGCAUUACUCAGUGCCAUGAUUGCCGGUAUUCCACUCAAUGAAUGUCAUUGUUUGGACUAUGCACCCGGUGAAGUGCGGUUGGAAAUCAAUCGUGACACCGUAUUGGAACAGUACGCCCAGAGAAAGGACGAUCCAAAAUACUUGGCCAUGAUUGAAGACGGAAAGGUACAAUUGGCCAAAUUACGGCAGGGACAAGUGGCCAAUGUCAAGGAAGAAUUGCAAGAAGAACAACGCCGCGAAAUUGACAAUGCGUUUGCCGAACAACGAAAGGCGCAACGAGAAAAGGAACAGAUUAGCGAGGCCAAGCGGGAACAGGAAAAACUCGAACGGGAUGCCAAAGAACAAAUGCGCCGACAAGAAGAAAAAACAAAAACAUUGGCGCGAGAACAGGCCGCACGAGAACGAAAGGAACAGGCCGAAGCGGCAGAACGGGCCAAACGAGAACAAAUGGCGGCAGCUGCCGCGGCCAAACAGGAAGCGGCCGCGGCAGCGUAUGCGGCCAAGAAAAGUGGGGCCGUCGCCGACAGUGACAGCGACAAUGGCGGACUUGUACUUGGGGCCGCGGGCAUUGUCGGAUUGGCAGGUGCGGCUUUCGUGGCAAUCGGUGGGGGAGAUGAUACGGCAGCGGUGCCGGCACCGAAAGAUCCGGAACCUAGCCCCUCGUCAUCUGCCAGUGCCGUUGCCGAGGAAGCAGUUGCAGAGAUCGUAGUCAACAACAACAAUGCGACAACAACGCUUACUCCGGAACAACAAGAAGUGGAUGUCGUCGACGAAGUAGAAGCCAUUGCCGAACUGGAUGAAAAGAUUGUUUUGGGCGAUAAUGGCACCUUGUCUGUGACGUUGCCACCAGAACUCAUGGAAGAACUGGUGACAGAAUUGAACGGUCGAGGAGUCAUGAACGACACUGAAGCCGUCGUGAUGGAAUCGGACGGCGGUGAAGACGUGACAGCCAAUGGUGAAGGCCAAGACGAACCAGAGCAACAAGAAGGCACACCAACAACAACUAUUGAUGAAGAACUGACGAAACUCGAAGCUGGCAGAGAAGCCAUGGACGUCACCUUGGAAGCGGUAAACAGCGCAGAUGUGGAUGAAGGCGACAAAGACGGUGAAGCCAUGUUUGAUUCGGCAUUGCAACAAGAACCAAAGACGGUGGGGGACGAACUGAACCGUCUCACCGCCGGGCAGCAAGCCAUGAAUGGGUAUUUGGACAUGGACGAUGGAGCCAGUGAUUGGUUGCAAGUCCUGGCUGAGAUUCGGGAUGCUCCCGAUGAAGAGGCCGACCGUGUCAACGGGGAAGGAUGGGAAGAUUCGUCCUACGAAACAGUCCCCUUUGAAUUCCCAAAGGAUUGAUAGUAUUUUUGAAAGGCAAAAGGAUGACAAACAAUGAACGAAUCGUUAAAGGAAGAGUAGACAAACCAUUUUUAUAAAGAUUUCUUGCUAUAC